AUGCCAGCCCCCUUUAAAGACCUCUCUGCAAAUAAACUCAAACACCCUGGGCCUCCAUUAACGCUCUUCCAGCUGACCCUGGGAACAGUGGGCCUUUCAGCUCCACCUAGUGCAGCAGCUCCCUGGGCAGUUAAAACACCCCAACCUGGCCUCCAGCCUCUCCUCCCUGGGGGCCACCAGGCCUGCCCUGCCCGCCACCACACACAGCAGGACUUCGUCUUCUUCCUUAAAAAAGUGGAUGAGCGAGGGGUGCUAAGCGCGGGAGCAAAGUCUGGAAAUCUGCAGAGACCAGAGUCGCCCGGCGCAGCGUGUCCUUGGCUCAGGGAACAGGGAAACACGGUCCCUCCCGCCCCCAACAGCCCGGGGCACAGGAGACCUGCAGCCAAGGUGGUUAAAAAAAAAGCGUCCCGGCCCGCGGUUGAGGCUAAGAGGAUUGGGAGGAGGGGUGGCGCGUGCCUCCAGCCUGCCCCUGGAGGCAGUCAGCGGGACCGCAGGCUGGAGGCGCGCCGGCGUGAUUCCGACCGCGGGAGCCGGGAGGAGGAGCCGGAGGUGGCUGCGGGGGGCUCCGGCCCAGGCGAAGGAAGGCUACGAGUCGCCAAGCUGACCCCUUCUCAUCCCUUGGCCUGGAGACCAGAGUGUCUUAGGCUCAGGGAUAGGCGGGAAGGGACCGGAGGGAGCCACAAGUCUGCAGCCAGGCGGGGAGGAAGCGGGCGGGUGCCGCUCCGCAGGCGCAGGGGGCAGAGACGGAGGCGGAGGUUAGGGGACUGCAGUACCGUCCCCGAAGCGGGACGCGAACCGGCAGAGUUGGGAGAAGAGCCUCCGCGCCCGGGAGCUAAGCAUGCUGCCCCCGCGUGCAGCGCCCGCGUGCACCCAACCCAGAGAGGGGGCGACAGGGCGGAGGCGGUGGCCCCCGGAAGGUGUCUGGGACCGGACCGGCUGCACGUGAGCCCAGCGCGGAGUCAUGUGCACCGGCUCAGCCCGGUUCGGCGGCCGGACGUGCUGCGUAUCAACAAAAUGAAACUCAGGGCGACAGGAGGGCAGAUAGCUCCAGGUCCUCCGAACGCCCAUCCCCGGCGGAACGACCUCCCCACCACUGCUGUCUCCCGCCGCAGCCCCUCCGCGCGGCCAGAGCCCGCGGGGCAAGUUGCAGCCCUGGCGCGCCCCCGCCCGCCCGCGCCCCCUCACCGGCCCGGGGGCGCUUUGCCGCAGUCAUUAAUAAAGAAGGUCGCCAAGCUCACCCUUCCAAAAGUUGUUGUUGCAUGCGCCCCUCUCAGCCUCCCCGCAAUGUACUCUUUAAAACACGACUGACCAACAUGCGCAAUCUCUCU